UGUGGAAAGUGUUAGGCACAUCCACGUUGUUCCAAUGCCCUUUUCAAGUUGAGAAGUAGUACUGGACGCAAUGAAAAUGAUUUAAAUAAUUUUUAAAUUCAGCGUGUGAACUUGCAAAACUUGAAUAAUACGUGGAAAAAUAUCCCUAUAUAAUCCCCCGAAAUAUCCAAUUUGAUUCAUUCUUACACUUUCUACUUGUUUUUCUAUACACACGGGAUCGUUGUCGUCAAGCUACCGAUUUGCGUGAUUAUAUUGUAAAAGUAUUCGUGAAAUAUAGAAGCGAUGAACGUGUCAUCGGAAAGAAUGACGUCGCCAACGCAACGGAGAUCACCUUCCGACUCGUCGGCUGCAGAAGAUCAGCGAAUUGCGACAACUAUUGUCAGGGACUCGGGAAGUUCGAAAGAGAUUGAGGAGAGCCAAGCGGAUCCGUGCAGAGGAGCAUGGGGAAAUCAGAUUGAGUUUCUACUUUCCACAUUAGGAAUGGCUGUUGGCCUUGGAAAUAUCUGGAGAUUUCCGACGAGAGCUUAUAAUAAUGGAGGAUCGGCUUUUCUGGUACCAUAUGUUGCUUGUGCUUUACUAUUCGGGCUCCCCGCGGUCUAUCUGGAAUUUCUACUCGGUCAGUACCACCGAACAACUGCACCAAUCAUUUUUCGAAGAUUUGCUCCAAUUUUGCAAGGAGUUGGCUGGAUGGCUGUGGCUGUGUCAUCCCUGGUUGCAAUUUAUUACAUCAUCAUUAUCGGCUGGAGUACCGUAUACAUGGCGUCAAUUGUCAUGGGACAUACUUCCAAAUGGAAUCGAUGUGGCAACUCGUGGAACAAUGCGGAGUCGUGUGUGGAUUCAGGAUUACAACCGUUGUGCGCCUCGUUCAAUGCAACUGGCAAUGAAACUUCGCCAGUUUGGGCAAAUUUGAGUUCUGAAGGUAGAGGAAAGUUCUAUAUUUACCUAAACACAUCCUGCUAUGACAAAGUGGACCUGGAGUUCAACAAAACUAAAAUGAUAGCGGCUACCGAGCAGUAUUUUUUUGACUACGUCGUGAAACCAACUGAUGGAUUUCUAGAGUUUUCAUCAAUAAAUUUCAAAUCAUUUUUUGGAAUGAAUGCAUGUUGGUUAAUUGUUGUCUUAAUCUUGUGGAAAGGUGUCGGCUACAUGGGAAAAGCGUCAUAUGUUAUUGUUACACUACCUUACUUCAUUAUUAUUUUGUUGUUCUUCCGAGGAAUCACACUGGACGGUGCUGAGGAUGGAAUUUACUACUAUUUAGGAAAUCCUGAUUGGUCCAAGGUAUUUAUGCCAGCAACUUGGGGUGAAGCUUUGAAACAAUUGUGCUUUAGUUUGGGAAUAGGAUAUGGUGGGCUUAUAGGAAUGGCGUCAUUCAGUAAACCAAAUAACAAUUGCUUUAGAGAUGCUCUCAUUGUAAUAAUCGGAGAUACAAUGAUGUCGUUGGUCGGUGGUGCAGCUGUCUUCUCAACUUUAGGAUUCUUAGCCAAAAAGAAAGGGUGUUCAGUAGCUGAAGUGGUCAAUGAUGGAUUCUCUCUUGCAUUUGUAGCAUUUCCGGAAGCACUUGGUCGAAUGCCUCUUCCAGAACUUUGGUCGUUCCUAUUCUUUUUGAUGCUCUUCUUUCUGGGAAUCUCCACGGAAGUCGCGUAUGUCAACGUGUUUUGCUCAUCGAUCUGUGACCAAUUUGUGAACUUGCGGAAAAGAAAGUGGCUGGUUGCAGUGUUGUGGUGUCUAGUUUUGUAUGUUUUAGGAGUUGUUAUGGUUACUGAUGGUGGCUUCUAUUGGUUCAUAAUGUUUGAUGAGUACGCUGCUGGAGUAUCAUCUUGCUGUGCAGUUACCGCUGAAGUUCUCAUUGUUGCAUACGUCUAUGGUCGUCGAAAUCAACUUGCUGAUAUGAAGGAGAUGUUUGGAGAGUCAAAGAACAAAUGCACUAGCUGGAUUGGGCAACACUCCCCCUACUUUGGGUUCAACUGGAUGUUUGUCACACCGGUUCUUGGAUCGAUCCUAAUCGUUUUGGCUAGCAUUCGUCAGUAUCCCUACCAGACUGAUGAAAAUAAACCAAAUAUGUACCCAUUGGCUUUUGAUAUUGUCGGUUGGGCGGUUUGUCUUCUACCAAUGGCAUUGGUUCCUAUAUUUGCAUUCUGUGCAUUUGUGGAGUUCAAAAGGAAGGGUCAUGAUCUGAGAGCUCUGUUUAUGAAACAACGACAACUCAAAUCGUUUGGAAGAAUUUAUCAAACGAUGGCAUCGAAGGAUCGCGCUAAACAGAAAAUUCUACCUGAUCGGGAGCCAUGGGAUGACGCUCCAACUGGUCAUCAGUUUGUCGCUUCACCGGAUUUCCAAUCGUCGUCUCAAAGUACGAGAAGUGAACGGCCAUCUGAAAGAUCAAAUUAUUUGAACUCGGCGGCCAGCGUUCAUAGCAAAACUCAAUGAAUCUGAAACCUGAUAAAACUGAUUUUUUUGCGG